AUGAGGCGGUCUGUUUCAAGAAAUUCGCCCGAUUGUGCUAAGUGCGCACGAGACGUCUCUGCCCACGUCACGAGGCCGAUUGACAACUCAACACCAUAUGACCAAGCCACGCCCCCACCGCCUCCGCCAAACAACAUCCGCACACAAACCCCACGAUCCUCAGGCGGUGUCAAAGGACUGCCAGCUACUGACGUUCCCCGCCAAACUGCUGCCUGCCCACACACCCCGCGUCCAGCAGACCACCUUGUUGCACGAGAUGACUUGCACUACGACAAUAGGAAGCCUGGACCCUCUUCAGGCAAAGAGGCAACACUCGCUCCAUCUUCACAAAAUACGCAAGAUUCACUGAAGCAGAAUACAUCCGUACCUGUCACAAAGCCCUUAAGUUUAUUUGACACCACGAAAUCCGAUCAUCUCCAGGACAUCGUACCAGAAAGACCUACUACGCCCAGAUACAACAAGCCACAGCCUGCGCGGUAUCGAGGUGUGGACAAUAUGCCGGCAAUCACAAUGACGGCGCCGCGGCUGCCUAUGUUCCCCAAAGCCGCACCUAAGCCGCGACCUGCGAAGCUGGAUUUGGCGCCACUUGUAGUAGAGUCGGUGGAGAACCCAAACAUUCCAAGACGUCAACUAUCAUGGUCAGCUAGGCACUUUCCGACUCCGGCUCGCCCACACCAACACCUGAUGAGCCUUACAACAAGAGGCAGCGUGUUGAAACCUCUGAAUCCAAGGCUGCGACAUCGCCCAAGCACAACUCAGCUAGCUCCGACCGUCGUUUUGCAUCCGCCGGCCUUGAAGAAGACAUCGCCCGUAUCUCUCUCGAUGCGACAAGCUCCGAAGCACAUCCUGGCUCUCCCGUCGACUUCAGCACCACAUCAUACUUCACCACUCAGCCAGAGCGCGGCCGCAGCACAAGCCAACACCCAUAUCCCAGCUACUUAG